UCACUUUCGCCAAUCGUCUUUUUUUAUCUCUCGCCAACACCUCCGCGGCGUUAAGACGGCGGCGUACUGAAUAAUCAUAUUAUUAAUAUACUGUUUAAACGAGUGCAGAGAGCGCAACGAUUGAUGAUUAAUCGAAACGGUCGAGAGAUAAUACGUAAUAAUAUCCGUCGAAAAAAACCUAAUCGUACGGCGGCGGAGGCGGUGUGGCAUCGCGUUAAAAACGAGGACGCGCGCGCCGACCAGCGGUGACUGUGUACAGUGCAAAGAGCGUGCGUGCGCGUGUGUGUGUGUCGUGUGCCGUGUGCGUGUCUGCCGUGUGCGUCCAUCGCGUACGUUCCGCAAACUUUUGAAUAAUUCACGUCGCCCGCACACCGUAGGCGGUACCCUCUUUACCUUCUAUCGACUUUUUCCCGCCCAAAAAACCCAUCGGACUUGACAUUUUUUUUUCCCCGUUUUCUUUUCUAGUAGUAUUUCUUUCCCAUCGCUCAUCGUCGUCGACACGCAGAAGACGGGGACCCGUGUUUGGCGCGAGGCCGGCUGCUCAGAGCGACGACGACUGGCGCCCACUCACACGUCGCGAAUUCCGUUUUUUUUUUUUUUUUUUUAACACACCGAUAAUACUAAAAUACGAUAUUACAAUAUACUCGACCCGACAGAUUUCGGCAGCUCGUCCGACCGUCGUCGAUUCCUCGUUUUACCGACACGGGAUCUCCUCCAUGUCGCUCUGCUCCUUCCGACCGCGCCAACGUCACCACAACCACUGAUCUUACGCCGUACCCGGACGGACGAACGACACCAGCACAACACGCCGAACAUGUCCGUGGCUGUUUUGACUGCCAUUGCGGUUUUCAUUAUCGUCGUGUUUCGCAUUCUCAAUGUUUCCAGCCAACCUCAAAAGCCGUCCUUCUAUUGCAGGGACAAGCAGUUUCUCAACAGGGUCCUCAAAUUCGCUCCUCAACUCGAAGAACCAUAUGUACCAACUAGACUGUGGGGAUUUAGUGGUCAUGUUCAAACUAUUUUGUACAGUGUUUUUGGUAGAGUAAGGUGCCCAUGCCCCAAAGGAGACAGAAGAUUCUUAAACCUUGAUGAUGGAACUACUCUCACAUAUGAUCUGUUUAAACCAACUUUUAACGAACCAGAGCUAGAGGGCAUCACUGUAGUUAUAGUUCCUGGCAUUUGUAACUCUUCUGAGAGUGAUUAUAUUCGAACAUUUGUUAAUUAUACUCAAAACCAAGGCUAUAGAUGUGCAGUUCUAAAUCAUGUUGGAGCUUUGCAUAAUGUACCAGUUACUGCUUCUAGAAUAUUCACAUAUGGCCACACAGAUGAUCUUCAUGUAAUGCUUUGCAAUUUGUCAGAACAUUAUCCUAAUACUAAAAUUAUAGUUAUUGGAUAUAGUAUGGGUGGAAAUCUAGUUACUAAAUACCUUGGAGAAUCUCGUCAUAAUAGACCAAGUAGUGUUAUUGCUGGAGUAUCUAUAUGUCAACCGUAUGAUGCAUUGAAAGCUACUGGUGUUUUAUUACAUUGGCAAAACUUUCGAAGACUUUAUUUGUAUGCAUUAACAGAAGCAAUAAAAGCUCUAAUUUUGAAACAUAGAAGUAAACUGUUGGCAGACGAUAUUAAAGAAAGAUAUUCAUUAAUUGAAAAAGAUAUAAUAUCUGCUGCCACAUUACCAGAGCUUGAUGAUGCUUAUACCAGAAAAGUCACUAAUUUUAAAAAUCUUCAUGAGUUUUAUCGAUGGUCAAGUUGCUUGCAUUACAUACACAAUGUAAAAACACCAAUGAUAUUUAUUAACUCAAGAGAUGAUCCAUUGGUGCCAGAAGAUUUAUUGAUACCUAUUCAGAAUUUUGCAAAAUCAAAAGAUAAUAUAUUGUACAUGGAACUGAUGCAUGGUGGUCACCUUGGAUUUUUUGAAGGCGGAUUUAUGUAUCCUAACCCUAUUGCAUGGUUAGAUCGGACCUUAGUUUCAUUGUUGCCAGCUCUAAGAGAACAUUGUGUUGAUGACAUAAGAAAAACAGCAAUUUACUGAAUUUAUCCACUUACUAAAUAUAAGUGUGUGUGUGUGUGUGUGUGUGCGUAUAUAUAUGUAUUUAUAUACUAUGCUGUAAAUGGGAUUUUUAUCUUAAUUUAUUACACUAUUAUUGAUAUAAUAUUUGAUCUGUUAUAGAAUAGAUAAGAUAGUGAAUUGUUUCAAAGUAUUAUGUUUUUCGAGCAUACAUUUUUAAUUUAAAAAUAUAAUUACUUAAAAUAAGCAAAAGUAGUGCAAUUAACCCUAAUAUUUAUUUAGCUUGUUCAUUUAGUAUACCUAUUUACUUCUACUAAUUAUAUCAAAACAUUGAUAAUUAUAAAUUAUGUUUCACUUUAAUUCUUCUACUAAUACUUCUAAAACUUGAAUAUUAUUUUUCACAUUAUACUUAGGUAUAACUUAAUGUUCUUUAUGUUUUUCCUUGAUUUUUUUUUUAUAUUAUAUAUAUGCUUUAAAGCUUUGAGUUGCACAUACCCUACAACUUUUUUUUUAUCUCAUUAAUAUACAUUUAAUUUACAUGUUCUGAUAAAUGUAUUGAUUUAAUUUAAAAGUGCAUUAAUCAAUAUUAUAAAUUGUUAUUUCACCUUUGUACAUAUUAUAUAUUAUUUACUAUAUUCCUAUGAACAUUUAAAAUGCCAUUCUAUGUUUACAAUUAAACUAAUAGACUUUUUGCCGAUAAUCAACUUUUAUUACUACUUUUAUUCUAGGAAAUGAGAGUAUUUUUUGGUUAAAUCUGCUUAUUAUUAAUUAAUACUUGCAUUAUUUUUUAAAAUAUACCAUUCACAAUUAAAAAUUAUUGUCAGUAAUUCUAUUUCAGCAUUAACAAUGAAAGUAUGAAUACAAUUUGUUAUUUUAAUUUAGUUGGAUUUUUUUUUUCAUUAAUUAUCUUGACUAUGUCAAUAAUUUAUACAAAAAAAAAAAAGACAAUAAGUAUGCUAUAUACAUAUUUUUAUUUUAUAUUCUUAAAUUAUUAUUAUUAUUUUCAUUUUAUAAAUUAGUUUAUUUUGUUCAAAAUACUUAUAAAAAUAUUAUUUAGUUAUUGUUUUUUUUUUUUAAAUGUUUUAUCAAAUAUGUAUAAUAUUCUUUUAAGAUUAAAUUAUAAUUUUUUUUCACUUUUUUAUUAAUUUAAAUUUAUGUUGUUCCACCAGAAAAAAAUGAGAGCCUUUUUUAAUAUGUAACAUGGCUUUUGUUUAUAAGAUUAUUUAUUUUUUUAUUUUAAUAACUAAUAGUCAGCCAAUGGAUUAUUAAAUAUUAGUUCAACAAGUAAUUUUGUCUAAUAUCUAUACCAUUGUGUAAUUUGACAUUUUAUCUCAUUUAUUUGAUGUUUUCAUUAUAUAUAACAUACACUUAAUUUAUUCAUUCCAACAACAAUUUUAUGGUUUCUCUUUUAAAGUUCCUUAAUUUUUAUUUGUUUUUAAUUCAGACUUAUUAUCAUUUGUACAGCUGAUAUAUAUCACCAAUAAUUUAAAAUGCAUUUUUAUAAUUUGAACACAGUAUUGUGUAUUUUUAUCUUUUUUAAAUAAAUAUUAUUUAUAAGAUUUCAAUAAAAUAUUUUUAUCUAUUGAAAUUAAUUAAAAAAUAUCUAAAAAUUGUACCACUUUUUUUUCAAGUUAGUAUCUAACAUGACGCAUCGAAUAAAAUAUCAUGUUAUUGUAGUAGAUCUAGUGUAUGACGAGCUCAACUUUAAUGUAACUAACUAUAAUUUUAGCAAGCCUGAUUUGUUACCACUUUUUAAAUUUAUAAACACAGUUUUUUGGUUAAUUAUUUUCUGUUAUCGUGUUUCAAUAUAUUGACAAAUGUUAAUGAAAUUACAUUUGUAUAACUGUACUCAUUAAGUUAUUUAUAUAUAAUAUAUUUCUGUAUAUUUUAUUUUGUAUUUAUUUGUUUUAUUUUAAAUGAAAGCCUAUUUAUUAUUUAUUUUAAUAUAUGAAUAUUAUUGUACAUGCAACUUAUUAUUUAUACAUACAUUAUAUACAUAACUUAAGUACAGGGUACCUAAGAAAGCUAAAAAACUUUUUAUGUGUACAAAUAACUAAAUGUUCUGGACUAUUUUAAAAACCCAGUAUGUAUAUUUAGAAUAUUAAAAAAAAAGAUUUUUGUUUAAAUAUAUCUUAUGUUACAAUGUACUUA